UAGAGCCUUUUCUCGUUCUGAUGCCCAUCACUAUUCUAUUUCCUUCUACUCCCACAUGCAUAAAAAUCUCAUCUUCCCUAAUAACUAUACCUUCCCUUUUAUCCUCAAAUCUCUGUCAGACCUCAGGAGCCUCAAACAAGGCAAAUGCAUACAUGCCCAGAUCGUUAAGUUGGGUCCCCUCAAUGAUAUUUAUGUUCAGAAUUCGCUACUGAACUUGUACGCGUCCUGCGGGGACAUGGUGUCAUCUGGCUACGUGUUCGAUGAAAUGCCUCACAAAGACGUGGUUACUUGGACCGUAGUCAUCACUGGGUAUCGAGAAUGUAGCAUGUUUAAAGAUGCACUAAUUGCGUUUGAGCAAAUGCAGAAUGCAGGUGUGGAACCCAAUCAGGUGACGAUGGUGAACGCGCUGGCUGCCUGUGCGAGUUUUGGGGCGCUUGACAUGGGGGUGUGGAUACACGAGUUUAUAAAGAGGAAAGGGUGGACACUGGAUGUCAUUCUGGGUACUGCUUUGAUUAAUAUGUACGGAAAGUGUGGUAGAAUUGAAGAAGGUCUAAAGGUUUUCAAAAGCAUGGAAGAGAAGAAUGUUUUCACGUGGAAUGCCCUGAUUAAAGGGUUUGCUUUAGCUGAAAAUGGUCAGGAGGCAGUUAUGUGGUUCUCUGAGAUGGAGCGAGAAGGAGCUAAUAAGCCUAAUGAGGUGACCUUGAUUGCAGUGCUCUGUGCCUGUGUUCAUUCUGGAUUGGUAAAAUGGGGGGAAGAAAUUUUUUCCUCUUUACUGCAUCAGAAAUAUGGAUUUUCACCUGGUGUCAAACACUAUGCCUGUAUGAUUGAUCUAUUAGCGCGUGAUGGACGUUUAGAGGAUGCUCUAAGGAUCAUUGACAAACUGCCUUUUCAGUCUACCAAGACUAUUUGGGGAGCCUUCUUUUCUGGAUGUAGAAAAUGGGAAGAUGGGAUGAUGUGGAAGAAAUUCGAAGAUUGA